AUGGCGCUGUUGAAAGUCAGCCGGUCCAAAGGUUCUGAGGAGAUGGACCUGGGCACGUUCUACGCGGCUGUGGAGGAAGGUGACGAGCAGACUGUGAGGAGGGGGCUGCAGGCUGGGGUGAACGUCAAUGUCAGGAGAGGAAGGGUCCAGUGCACACCCCUGCAUCGGGCUGCUGAGGAGGGCCACACCGGGACUUGUGAGCUUCUGAUUCGUCAUCGGGCAGACGUGAUGGCACGGGAUAAGCGCCAGUCCACACCCCUGCAUGAGGCUGCUGCUGGGGGGCACACCGGGACUUGUGAGCUUCUGAUUCGUAUUGGGGCAGACGUGAUGGCACGGGAUGGGAACCAGUGGACACCCCUGCAUCGAGCUGCUUUUGGGGGCCACGCCGGGACUUGUGAGCUUCUGAUUCGUCAUGGGGCAGACGUGACGGCAUGGGAUGAGGAAGUCAGGAUGGUUAGACAAGAGAUGGCUGUUAUACGGGAGGUCUCGCAGGACAACUUCAGGCUCAGAUCGGAAUACGCUAAAACCAUGGCGGACAACGCCCGAUCGUUUGUACACGACAACGAGAUGGAGCUUGUAGACUGUGAGAAACUGGAGACGCGUUUCAACUCCUAUGCAUCCUUCAAGCUGGUGAUUGGAAAAGCCGACUCUGACAAGAUCUUGUUACCGGAAUUUUGGCCCAGUGGUAUCCUGGAACACUGGUUACUACCGCAUGACUUGCAUCUUUUAUCUGAACUUGAUGCUGAUUUUUCAGCUUAUGGUACCUCCCCCGUUAACACGGAAGAGGGUUUUCUUCAAGGUCGCCCAUAUGGCGGUGUAGCUGUCCUCUGGAGGCAGAACAUUGGUCUAGAGGUCAGUAUCGAGAGUUGCGAUGAGGAUCGUGACGCUGACGUGCCCGUUGAGAUUCUUCUACGAGGGCCGGAGAUGGCCAGGUUGUACUCUGAAGCCUGCAGUCAGGGGUCGCUGCCCAUGCACAGCACACGGGUUCCGGUGGUGGGUCAGUACAGGUCGGGCAAAACCUGCCUAAUCAAGAGGCUGAUGGGAGAAACGGUCAGGAAGGAGGAGGAGGAACCCAUCACGGAUGGAAUCGACAUCAUUUCCGAUGUGCAAACCAAGACAUGGAAGAAGUCACCAGAGACCAAGCAUGAGACCUCACUGUCACAACAGGAAGCAACAAAGACACCAAUACAGGCAUCGGAAGGGCCGGAAAAGGAUCAUGAGGAACAAACCGAGCCAGACCGUCCAAGCAACGAGUAUAACAAGCAAUCUGGGACAGAAUUUCCAAGCGAGGAGCAUCAGGAUAAAACUCAACCAGAGUUGCCAAACAACGAGCAGCCUAACAUCGCGGAUACAAGGUCGAAUGUCACCUCAGAGAAACACCAUACCGUUGUCAUUCCAGACAACGUGCGUGAAUCUGCAGAGAGGAUGCGCAAUGCGGGUAUUACUGAGGAAGAGCUUGGCACUGCUACACAUCCGCGUCUGUCCUUCUGGGAUUUCGGCGGCCAGGCGACUUACUACGGGACCCACCAGUGCUUCAUCACCCACCUGGGAGUCUACAUUCUCGUCAUGUCUCUACUGCAGAAACUGUCGGACAAUGUUCCGGAUCUGGACUACAAGGCAUCGGUGGACAACUUGAGAACGGGAGGAGACUACCUGGACCACUGGCUCAACUCUAUUUACUCUCAAACUCAGCAACACAAAGUACAACCUCCAGCCAUAAUUGUCCUCACGCACAAGGACAUGGUUUCUGAGGAAUACAUUGAGAAAUAUAAAGAGGAGAUACGGAGUCAUAUCGAGGGAAAAGCGGCAGGAAGGUUGGUCAUGCCAGACAUUUUUGCAGUGGACAACACAACAGAGGACGCAGCUGUUGAUGAGAUCCGUGAGUACAUACGGCAGGUGGCGAGAAGCCUGCCGCACAUGGGAGAGAAAAUCCCCAUCUCGUGGCUGCAUCUCAAGUCUAGACUGACCAAAAGGCGGGAGCAGGGGAAAAAGUUCCUCAAGUUCCAUGAGAUAGUGCAGCUUGCCCAAGAUCUUGACAUCAACAUCAAAGACAAACGCACCCUCGCCACUGUUCUCACCUUCUUCCAUGACCGAGGUGACAUCAUCUUCUUUGACGAACCCGGUCUCCGUGAUGACGUCACCCUACAGCCACAGGUGAUGAUCGACACCUUUAAGACCAUCAUCACAGUACCUGAGUAUCAGCAGGACAGACAGGAUCCGAAGGUGAAGAAGAUGUGGGAGAGACUGGAACGAGAAGGAGUCCUCAGCGAUGAGUUGCUGACAAGGAUCUGGAAAGAGAGGGAUCGACAGCUGGAAGAGAAAGGCAAGAAACCAUUUCUGAUCCAACACAAGUCCUUCCUGACGGUGCUCAUGGAGAAGUUCUAUCUCAUCUGUAACGCCACACCCAUCAGCGAUACGAGCGAGGAAGCCCAGGAGGAAGAGAUCCGGUAUUUCGUUCCCGCACUUCUCAGCUGCAAGAGGGGUGACGCCGAGCUGUAUCCCGGCAACAUGCAUAAAUGUCCUCAGGCGCUCUACUUCGUGUUCAGCGAGAAGUUUCUACCCAGCGGCAUGUUCUGCCGUCUACAAGCCUUGUGUGUGCGCAGAUUUGGCCUGAAAGAGUCACGCGUAUUUACCGGCUGUGCUCGCUUCCCUACAGACAAAGAGGAGGAAACAUUCGUCAUCACCAAAGUCAACCACUACUUGAAGGUGGAGCUUCUGUCGUCCUCUGAAAUCUUCACAGAAGGCCUGCGCGUUAGGAAGUUCCUCAGUAGCGCCUUGUUUGAGAUCAAAGAGAAGUGGAUCCCCUGUAUCCAGUACGAGCUCAAGUUCUGCUCUACACAAACAGAGGAAGGAAGUGAACCGGCAUUCCAGGGAUUGCCAACAGGUGACGGGCCAGUGGAACAAGAUUCAAGAGUACCAUCUGCGUUUCGCGACGUUUGGAUGACUGGUAUCUCGCAAACACAUCGGACAGAAAACUCAGGAGGGGACGGCCCAGUGAUUCUUCAGCCAACGGAUGACCCCAGCAACAUGCGAACGAUCGGCCCCGUGUUGGACACGAUGGAGCUGGGGAGAGGAUUGUCGCUGGACCAGUGUGACAAUACUAGGAGCCGGCUGACGCCGAAAGAGCGGGUCAAGAACCUGGUGAGCCUAGUAGAAAACCGUUACCAGCUGGGAGCCGCGGUGGAGAUGUGCUAUCCAGAGUUUGCAGAUUGCUUCUUGAGGGAGGAACGAGGAAAAGAGCUUGUCAUUCUCCACACAAAGGACUACACAGAAGAGUUCGCCUCACCUCUCCGAACAGCCGUUUCUGAAGCCGGUGUAUCCUGUCACACAGAGAACGUCCUGCCGACUGUAUCAAUUACAGAGAAAGUAAUUGAAAUCCUCCUCAACACAAACAACAGGAUGGUUCUCCUGGUCAUCAGUCCCCAGGCUCUACAUCACAAUCACUGGUCAAACCUCGCCUACGAGUUCCCAGUUCGGAACGAGAAGCUCCUGCUGCCCAUCCUGCUGUACCCACCGGGCUCCAGGGACUGGAUGGUCCGGGUUCUCCAGCAGCGGGCCCCUGUGCUGUGCAAACUGACAUCGAUGGAGAUGGAGAUGGAGGGAAUGACGGUAUCAGAGGACAGACUGCAGGAAAUCGUACAGAAGGUCAUGACCGACGAAGAAAGAGGUUUUCAUCAGAUGUUGGAAAGCAUUUUCAGUCGGCUGGACGAUGGAGAUGUGCGGCUUCUUCUGCGCCUGUGGUCUGCACGUACCGGUAAACAGGAGCGUACAAAGAUCGAGACACCAGGAGACUUGAUGAAGGCUAUGUUGAGGACUGGGUACAUCACAACUGGUACGAGGAAUUUCCUUUUUUACACUUGA